AUGGCGCCCCAAGACAAUAAGGGGGAAACUGUGGACUCCAGAAGCUUGUUUUUCUCAGCAGAGGAGUUGCUGGAGAUGGUAGCACAAUUCAGAGACAACAAGUCCAAUGCCCAGUUGGGAUCCAGCACCGCCGGCAACCAAGACCAACAACCCAUCGUCGCCCGGGAGCCCGCCAGCUUCCGUCCCACCAGUACGCCAUGGCCAGAUCCUCCGAAGCAGGAUGCUAGCCAGUUGACAAUUCAAGUCUGGAACAACAUCGUCGACAAGUUUGACCAGUUGUCUCCUCAGAUGACCAUAGCCGACAAGAUCGAGUGGGCAAAGUACCUCCAUGACAUGAGAGCGCACCCACUACUGGCCAAGCACAAUCCGAGCGAGUCUUUUGCUCGGAUACAUAUUCUCGAAGCUCAGUACGGCAGAGAUAGGAUUUUGGCCUCCCAGACUACACUGAAGGAGCUGAUGGACAACCAUGGGUGGAACUACCGGGAGGAGCCGAUGCCCAGUUCUGAGAUCCGUGAAGCUGCCCGAGGCUUACUGGCGAGUCGUGGCUAUCAGAUACCCAGUGAGGUUUUGAUGGAGGUAUCAUGGCCUGAGAACCGAGCAGGGAAUGCGGACAUCGUAUCUGCCGCUACGGAUUCUACCGCCUCGGAACAGGCCCCUCUGUCCGACGGCAAGCGUCCGUACAGCGAAGCAGGAGAUGAGUCUGGAUCUCAGAAUGCCAAGAAGCAGAGGACGGAGGAGGUCCAAACAGGGAUUGCCAUUCGAGAUGAUGACACGCAAGACAACACGCAAGAGCCGAAUACUCCAGGUUCGUCGACCCCUGGAGAAGCCCAGCUCAAGACCACAAGCCAGGCAGUCGUUGGUACCCAGGCUGGACAUGAGAGUCUGACGGCGGCCAUGGUCGCAGUAACGGAAGCCAUCAAGUCAGCUGGAGAGGCCCAGACGGCAGCCAUUGGUCAUCGGACAAAGACCAUCCUGGGUGCUCUGGAAGCCCUACCCAAGACAGCAGCUGUAGAGGCUCAGACGGCUGCUUUGAUAGAGGCUCAGACGGCUCAUUCGGCUGCCAUGCUGGGGGCUCUGGACAAGAUCUCCAAGCAGAUGGCAGAGAUCCAUGCGGUGCUGAAGGACCGGGCUAGCUCAAGCCGAUACCCGUCCCAGGAUCCGAUGCACGAGGAUUGGAGGAACACGGUCAAGCGGGAAUCUUCAGCCCCAGGCUACCUAGGCCAGCAAACGCUGCCUCGUGCAGGCAGCCUUCCGUCUCUCUUGAAUCAGGGUCAUACCUUCGGCGGCAUCCCUCCGGUCCCUACCUUCCCCGUCCGCAACCCGGGUCAGAUGGACCAGCACACAGGGGCUUAUCGUCACCCGACUCCAACCCAUCAGAGCUCGCACUUGCUCCGACAGUCGACGGCGCUUCAGUUUGUACAGCAACCGGGCCAGGACCGCCAGCCGGGGCCACACCAACGGGCGGCCUAUCCUCAGCACCCUGAGCAGUAUCAACAGCCGGAGAGGAACCGGGAGCAGUGA